AGAUAGAGAGAGAAAGUUUCAGAGAGAGAGAGAGAGAGAGAGAAGAUCUUCUUAGCAGAUCCUGAAAGACCGAAAUCAAUUAAAAGGGUAUGUUUCAAUUCAGUAGAGGGAGAAGCUGAAACAUUGAGAAAUCAUAUUCAAUUCCCAGCAGAUCAAGAUACACUGUUGAAGCCUGAAGGCGAUUUUCUCUCAUUUCUCAAGUUCUUUCUCAUGUUUGGGGAGGAGGGCUGCCCAGAUCCUUCAACAUUGCCAUUUGUUAUGAUCCAAAAUCUUUGGAUUCUGUGACAAAAAACAAAGCUUAGAGAAACAGAGUUUUCUGGGGAUCAUGCAGUAGUUGUGUCUCCAAGAUAUGCUUCUUCCUAAUGGUUAAGGUGUGAAGCCAUUUUAAUCCCAUAAGGAGGGCUAAGGUUAGAGGAAGAGAGAGAGAGAGAAGAGAUGGGAAGAGAGAGAUCAAUAUCCCCUGAAUCAUCUCCCACGGGUAGCAGAGGCAAUUCUUGCAGCAAGGGUCAUCAUACUUGUUUCGAGAGAGUGGGAUUGCAUAUUCCGAAGGCUAUAAUCGACGAUGUGAUUGCCGACAAGCUCGAUGUUGAACUCCUCCGUUCUCUUAACCCUUUCACCAUUGCUGAUUUGAGUUGUCCAGUUGGAUCCACUAGGUUCCAGGUAGUGAAGAACAUAAUGGAAGCUGUAGAACUCAAGUACCUACUUCAUGGCCUUGGUUCUUAUUUGCCUGAAUUUCAAAUGUACUUUAGUGAUCACUUCUCUAAUGAUUUCAACAUGCUCUUCACAUCCUUCCCUCCCAACAAGCGUUAUUUUGCGGCUGGCAUGCCCGGUUCAUUUUAUGGUCGUUUAUUUCCUAAGGCCUCUCUUCAUUUUGUGCACUCUUCUUAUGCCCUGCAUUUUCUAUCUAGAGUUCCAACAGAGCUUGAAGAUGAGACCUGUCUUGCAUGGAAUAAGGGAAGGAUACAUUAUACGAGUUCCCAAAGAGAAGUGGUAGAGGCUUAUUCAGUUCAAUAUGCAAAGGACAUGGAUUCCUUCUUACACGCAAGGGCCCAAGAGAUUGUUUGUGGAGGUUUGAUGGCCCUUCUCAUCCCAAGUCUUCCUGAUGAGACUAACCCUUCCCAAUCCAGGCUUAUCGAGCUCUUCGAACUCUUGGAGUCUAGCCUCAAGGACAUGAUCAAUAUGGGAUUCUCCAGUGAAGCUGAAGUGGACUCCUUCAAUGUGCCUGUCUACCAACCAUCUACACAAGAGUUAGAGGGAUUGAUAGAGAGAAAUGGGUGUUUCAGCAUUGAGAGAUUGGAAACAUUGGAUCGGUCAAUGGAUCACAUAAUCGACAUAGAAAAAUGUAUCAACCUGCAGAUUAGACCUAUUUUGGAGGAACUCAUCCGCAGACACUUUGGAAGUGAAAUCAUAGAUACAUUGUUUGAUCAAUUUGAUAAAAGAGUUGCUGAACCUUCUUCCAUUCCUUCAGACCUAAGCUGUAAAACAAUAGGUGAAUUAUUUAUCCUUCUAAAGCGAAAUUCUUAUCAAUCAGAAGAUUCAUAGCUUCAAUUAGUUCUCAAUUGGUUGAUACUAAACCCAUCUGUUUUCUCAUACUCUUUCAACAGAUUCCGACAAAUGAUCUGAAAUUUCUGAAUUUCACAUUAGGUAGCUCCAGCACCAUCACAAAUAAUAUGAACCUCUACUUGUAUAAUUAAAGUUGACCAUCCGUUUUGUGAGUGGGUUGUGUGAAACCCAAUUAAAAGUUGAGUUGUUGAGAAAGCCCUUCAAACACUAUAUCAGUUAAAUAUGACUGAUCAAUUGGAUGAACGAUCACAUUAUCGAUCUGUCGAUCUUCUUCUAAAGAGGCCUUCCUUGACAACUUCCAUUCACUAAAAUUUUGGCUAUAAAGGACUCUAAUCAUUCAUAGCCAGCAGUGUUGCAAAUUGAAAGAGGGGGGGGGUGUUGUUGAAGGGAAGUUGGGAUAAUUUUGAAGUUUUUUGCAUGUGCUAAUUCUAGAUAUUGUUUAAAAGAAUAUUGAUGAAUUUGUUUUCUUAUUUGAGAAUUGAAAAUAUUUCUUCUGACAGACUUGAGAAAACAUUCAUCUUUUAGAAUGACAUUAUUCACUAACAUAUGAUAUUAGGUACCUUAACAAGAAUUUUUUCCCCUUCCAGUACAUUAUUAAACAUUUAUAAGCAAAUAUGCAAUUUGCGAAGUAGGUAUGGGAGAUCUUCUUGGUCCACUGAGUCUCAAAAAAGAUGAUACUUUAAUUUCUAGUUAUUGUGGUGGUGUUAGGCCAGGAUUUAUACUGGGAGGGCAUAUGAAAUUUGGGGUUCAGUUUGACCGACAAGCACUUGGCAUAUCAUGAAGAAAUCUACAUCAAUUCCUUGUGGUUGUUUGGGAAUGUUCAUAAUGCUCCCAACAGUGAUUGUGGAGAGAUUUGCUGCUGCAAGCCUGGAACAUCAGUCAAGAAAGAAUUCUCAAACUGUGCCUAUUUUUCUUAAUUUAUAGUCCUCUUCAUGUUUCAACCAUUCAAUAUUG